UUACGCUAUCAUUGUGACUUACACGACCUGUGUGCUUUAUGGGCCUUGCGCUGGUCGAAAGAAAAAUUUAAAAACUAAACAAAAGUGUAAAUGUUAAAUGAUCUGAUUGGAAAUAUAAAAGGCAACCGGGAAAAUAACAAUAAAUAUGAGACUAGGAGCCGUGUUGUAUGUGUACAAAGGCGAAUGGGGACUGCCUUCCAUUGAUUUCGAGUGUUUGCGCGUUCUGUGCUUGAUCAAAUUUACCCGCUGUCCAGUCGUUAUUGAGACAAAUUCCAACCCCUUGCGCUCCGGUGCCGGCAAAUUGCCGUAUCUUCAAAUAGGCGAUGAAAAAUUUGUAGGUUACAGACAGAUAAAGAAAUUGUUAGACAAAGAGGGCUAUGCCAUAAAUCAUGAGCUCCGGCAAAAGGAUCGCCAUCUCUCGGAAUGUUUUGCAAAUUGGGUGUUUACAAAACUGCAUGUCUACCACAAUUAUUAUUUGUAUGGCGAACCAAACAAUUUCGAUAUAACCCGUGCAUUAUAUGCCAAACGAACUCCAUUCCCAUUUAAUUUCUACUAUCCGUCCACGUACCAAAAGGAUGCCCAUGAUGUUAUCUCAGUGAUGGGUGGUUUCGAUAUUGAUGAUAAAUUGGAGAACCACAAUGUGGAAUAUAUUACCAAUGAGGCCAAGAAAUGCAUCAAUGUAUUGUCGAAACGUUUGGGCCGCAAUUUGUGGUUCUUCGGCGACAAAUACAGUGAAUUUGAUGCCAUAGUAUUUUCAUAUUUAGCGAUACUCUUCAAAAUCACUUUGCCCACAAAUCCCAUACAAAAUCACAUAAAAGGCUGCCCAAACUUAGUGAAUUUCAUAAAUAGAAUAUCCCGUGAUAUAUUUAAAAAGGAAGCAUUUAAUUCGAUUAACACCAGCAAAGAUAAUGCUUCGCCCAAUGAUCCCAUGUUGACAGCAACAGAACGAAAGUUCCUAGAAUCUGAAAAGAAGACAAAAAUCUUGGCUGGCAUAGGUGCAGUUGUAGCUAUGAGUUCCUUUGCGGCCCUGAAAAUAUUUUAUAAAAAGUUUUCCAGCUCAAAUGAUCAUUAUGAUGGGGGCAUUCAUUAUGACGAUGAUGAUAUAGAUGAAGAUGAUAUGGACUAAAUACCAAAAUAGAUUCAAGAUCACAAAGAGGAAAAAAAUUAACUGCCUUUGCCUUCUUUUCGUGUGUGAUUUAUUUAAUAAUACAACACACAUUUAAACGUUGCAUCAAGGAUUUUUGGUUUGGGCUGUCGAAAAAAUAUUGAAGUAGUUUUGUUUUGUAUUACAAAUAUUUUUGAGAUGAAUAAGAAAUUAAUGCAUUUUUGCUUUCAAAUUUAAAUUAUUUGUUGAAAUGCCACAAUUGUUUGUUAAGUUUUGUUUAUCGCGACAUCUUUUGCAAUCAAUUUUCAAUGAAAUAAACGAUGUAAUAAAAUGGAA